AUGGCCAAAAGAAAAACAGAAGCCAAGGAAGAAAAGCCUGUUAAAAAGCCCGUUAAGGCAAUUCCAGAAACCCAAUACUCCAUAUGUGUUCCAUCUACUAUAAUAUCAGCCGCAAAUGCUAAGAAUUUAGAACAAAUAACAUUUAUUGCAUAUCAAAUAGCCAAAGCUGCUACUAUUUAUAACGUAGCUGAAAUUGUGGUAUUAGACGUACCCUCGUCAUCCAAGAAACAAGAGCUUGCAGAAAAAGAGGCUACCAAGGUCGUAGAAUUAGGCAGUAACAAAGGUGGUAAAAAAAUCAAGUUCAACUUCAGCGAUGAGGAUAUAGUGAAGCCAAGCGUUGAAAAAACAAAAGAACCCGAGACUCCUACGGAUCUCUCGUCUGAUAUUAAUGAAAACAACACUUUGCUUUUCGCUACUUUGUUGCAGUACUUCAUGACACCCCCAUAUUUGGUCAAAUCAGUCUUUGCAAAUAACCAAUUCAGCACUAAGUUCAAAUAUGCCCAAAAACUUCCCAAAAUAUCGACCCUCCCAUUCAUGUCCAAUAAUGAAGUCUCCAAAGACUUCAAAGAAGGUCUCACUAUCCUCAAGGCAACGCCAAAAGUCACUAAGAAAAACAAAAAGGUCAGUGCAUUGAAAAAAUUGUCCGUCACCAAAUACGUCAAUAUUGGCGACGCAGAACCGUUCGUAUUGGACCACGAAGUCCCCGUAAAUGUCAGAGUCACAGUGGACUUAAAGAACAGAAAAAUCGUCUCUCCUCUCCAGGCCUACGGCUUGAUCGGCUGCAAACUGUCCUUCGGAUACCAUGUCAGGUACUGUGCAAACUUCAGCUCCAUUUUCACCCAAAGCUCAUUCCCAGAAGGCUACACCUCCACCAUUUACGUCAACUGCGACGAUUACUUCAACUCCAACGACACAAUUGAAGCCAGAAACUCCAUAAACAAAAACCCUGACCUCUCGUCCAAAGACGGGAAGAUUCUCCUACUUUUCGGUAACUACAAAGAUUUAGACUAUAGUUUCCAGAACGACAAAGCCAACUUGCCCGGCGUUGAAAAUGUGUCCCAGAUGUUUGACGGCGAGUUGCCAGUCCCAAAAGGCGUAAAAGUGGAAGAUGCUACGCUUAUCAGUCUCGCGAAGGUACACCACUAA